AUGAAAACUGCCUCUCAACCUUCAGCUCCUCACAAUGCAGCAAGCAAAAUAAAACAUCUCGUCGGCAAGAUUCGCCGCCACUCACAUCCUCCGCCACCCGAAUCAUCCUCUGCCUCUCCCGCAUCAUCCGCGAACCCUUCUCGAGAAUCCUCAUCAUGUCCAAUUCCACAUAUCGGCAAGCACAGCCAGCGUAACAGCCGGCGUGGCUCAGCUGCAGAGGAAGAAGAACGCGUGCACGACCUGGAACUUUGGAAUUCUGCCUACGAUACUCUGAAGAGAGAUCAUGCAUCUUACAAUCUUGUACUGGCUUAUGAGAGUAUCAUUUCUCACGCCUUGCCUGAUUCGCUAAGACCCGGGUAUAACGGAAAUGGCAAUGGAUUACCGACUGAGGGUGAAAGAAGAGUCGAACUCAUGAUGAUGAUUGCAAAGUCUGGUUUGGAGCGUGAGGUCAAGGAAGUUUCCCAGACGGACUCUGGAGAUGGUGAUGCGAGAGAAAAUCUGAUUCAGACACGAUCGAUUAUAGCUUCAUUACUCGACGAUCAGCCCAGCGCCGCCAUCGCAUGGGCGGGUUUCUGCUCUCUAACACCUCUACUUCUUGAUCCUCUUCUCCGACACGACGAUAUCCGUCAUGGUUUCGUCGAUAUUACAAAUGCCAUUCCUCACUAUAUGACUCUCCACCGUGUUCUCCAUCCUUCAUCAUGGACGUCCCUUCCAGAUUUCCAACGCCUACAGCCCCAUCUUUAUCAAACACUCCUAGACCUCUACCGCCGCAUCCUCGAGUAUGAGAUGAACAUUGUCUGCGCCGCUGCGAGCGCCUGGAACAUGGCCGCCCGCAACGUCGUCGACUGGCAUGGUUGGAAGACCAUGGCCGAUGCCGUGCGCGAGUCCGACGCUGAGCUGAUGAGUCAUGUCGAGAAGAGCGGCACUGAUGAGGCGAGGGCUAUCAUGGAGGCUCAGAGGAAGCUGGACCCUGAAGGAGGAGGGCGCGGUGAGCUUGCAGAUGACCUUUCGAAUCACGAUGCGUAA